AUGGAGAGCGGUGCAAUUGGAAUUGGUCGACUUGACUGCUAUGAAGAUAUGUUUAAAGAAAUAACCCGUAAAUUAUACGGGGAUGAUCCUGACCACAGAACUUCCAGUGUCCAAAAUGAAUUUGAAGCUUCAGUGUCAUAUAAAACAGAAGAUGACAACGGAGCCAACGAUUCUGACGAUGGUAAUUGGACGUGUGAGGAUGAACCGCUGAAAGGAACAGACGGAAGUAGAAUAGCUGCUUACAAUCCUGGAAAAGCAACGUGGCGUUGUGACGAAUGUGGAGAUUGCUUAACUGGAAAUCCACGUGACAUCGCUGAACAUUUUAUGGAGCUGCACUCAUCCCGAUUGCUUGAUAAUCGGCAUCACCGGGACGGCACGAGGAAAGAUUACCUCCACAGUGACCCCAAGCUUGAAGAUAUACUCAGUUACCUGGAAAAAGUGCGUGACAAGGCUGAAAGAAUAUCACCGCCUUCAAGACGCACUCAAGAAACUCAGACAAUUCCUGCUGCUUUGUUACCUGUUACUUCUAAUUUUUUGCUUCAAGAGUUACCUUCAACACCUCCGCAACACCUACAUUCGCCUUUCCAUUGCUACGUUUGCUACAAACCGUUCAACCGCGCUGACCACGUUAAGAAACACUUUUUGAGGAUGCAUCGUGAGCAUACCUAUGAAUUGUCAAGGAUACGUCGUAGUCCGGGGUCCUCGGAUCCAAAACCGCCUUUGAUGCAAGACAACAGCGCUGCCAACAAUAAUAAUAACAUUAAUGGAAACAAUCAGAAUAGCUAUACUAAUUACAAUAAUAAUAAGAAUUACCAGUUACCGACUAGUCAGACUAAUCAAACGACCAAUAAUCCAGUGAGUAAUAUUUAUCAGACUUCGAUGGCUGCGGUUAAUAAUAUUCCUGACAACAAUUGUGGCAACAGAAGGAUCCAGCCUACGGGUUGUAAUAGCAAAAGUCAUUUGAAAGCUGGCUCCAAGGGUGCUGAAAGAAGAUACACCUGUUGCUACUGUUCCUGGAGCGGUGUCGACAAUUGGUGUUUAAAGCGACAUUUAAACACUCAUCUUAAGCCCUUUGCAUGCUCACUGUGCGAAUACAAAGCAGCGAGGGCCGAAAGACUGGCCACUCAUGUCCUAAAAGUCCACAACAAAAGACAGUGCUCCAGGUGCUCAUUUUUGGGCGAAGAUUCGGCACAGCUUCAGUUGCACCAGUUACAUGUCCAUCGGAUCAACAAUGGGAAUGUAAACGCAGCCAUGGUCAACAAUACCAGCGUUGUAACGACUUCUACGGCACCGGCCAACCUCCAAAAUUCUUCACCUACCACGCCAUGUCGCACCGAUCCUAUUCAUUUAAGUGGCGGUCGUCCUCCUCCAGGACCCCCGGUAUUUCCUACUCAGUCAACAACAAUAGUUCCACCACCUACGACAAUACUUGGGAUAACUAAUGGACGGAACAAAAGGAAACAAAUAGCGCCGCGUAAAAUUAUCAAACACGAGAAACAUGAACAAAGUAACGACGAUGAGCAGGAAAACUGUUACGAGGGCAGUGAAAAUAGAAAUUACGAAGAAGAAGAUAUGAGUGAAGAUGCUGGGAACAAAACAAACUGUUUAGGCACAAGAAGCUUUAGGUGUUACCUUUGUCCAAACAAUGCACACGCAAGAGCAUUAUCAACGAAACCCUAUCAUACAAAAGCAUCAUUAACGUUACAUAGAUUAUGGCGGCACUCGCAAAAUAAUAAUAUUAACAAAAAAAUUAUUGUCGAUAGAUAUAAAUCCAAGUCGGCUAUGAUUAACCUCUUGUGA